AUGAGUCGCGCCAAUCGGUUCAACAGGGGCAUCAAAUGUGCAUAUCCAGGACCCGAUGAUACAGGCAAUGCCGGACCUCCCGGUGAUGUCCGUGGAAACCCGCAUGAGGAUGAAGGCCCCGGUGACCCGGAGCUAGGCCCGGAGGGUGGGCAGAAUGAUUUUGGUGUAUCGGCGAAAAGAGUCAAGCGCGGCUGUCGCUCAGUCGACGACUACGAGACCGUUUUGCCGGAGCAUCAUCACCUGAACCUGACUCCGCAUCGUACAUUGUCACGCCGAUCGCAAUUGGGACCUCUCUCGACAGCUGAGGAUGCAAUUUGCAUCCGCACGCAGUUGAUGGCACCGGCUUGA